GAGCUGGCGAGAAGGGGAGGGAGGGAGAGAGCAAGCGAGUGAGCAGUGCAAGCUGUCAUAGCGGUGCUGCUUUGUAAUCGGUUGUGAAGCUUUCAGCGAUGUAUACUGUACACGUAUACUUCUGCGAUGCAAAAGUGGGAAGUAGAAUCGAAUCUUGCUUCCGAGUUGUACUUUCACUGUAGGCGGCUAAAAAAGCACGGAUCUCAUAUAACAGAGGUCUGUUUCUGCUUAAAAAAAAAUCAUUUAUAAACCUGGAGAGUGGUGUACAUUUUGUUGAUUUGUCCGACUAAAACACCAUGGAGUUCUGGAGGCAAUGCGCGCUGUGGCUGAUCAAUUGCAAGGUGCUUCCUCCGACCCAUCGAGUAACAUGGGAAUCAGCCCAGGUAUUCGACUUAGCACAGACCCUCCGGGAUGGGGUCCUCCUGUGCCAGCUUCUCAACAAUUUGAGACCGCAGUCCAUAAAUUUGAAGGAGAUCAACUUGAGGCCACAGAUGUCACAGUUUCUCUGCUUGAAAAACAUCAGGACAUUCCUUUCUGCUUGCUGUGAGAUAUUUGGCAUGAAGAAGAGUGAACUCUUCGAGGCCUUCGACCUGUUCGAUGUGCGGGAUUUUGGGAAGGUCAUGGACACACUAUCCAGACUCUCACACACAAUCAUUGCACAGCAAAAUGGAAUAAGGCCGUUCCCUACAGAGGAGAGUGUAGAAGAUGAAGAUAUCUAUAAUCAUUUGGAAGACUUGAUUGAUGAAAAUGGAGUGGAGGAUGAGGAGGACCUUUACGACUGUGUGUACGAUGACGAUGAAGGGGGGGAGGUCUACGAGGACCUGAUGAGGCCGGAAGCGGCACCUCCACCGAAACAAGCUGAGAUGGACAUCCGAAGCUGCUGUCUCAACGAGAUCAGACAGACGGAGGAAAAGUACACAGAGACACUGGAGUCCAUAGAGAAAUCUUUCAUGAUUCCCCUGAAGAAGUUCCUGACAGCAGUGGAAAUCGAGAAAGUAUUUGUUAAUAUUCCGGACCUUGUCAAAGUCCAUAGAAGCCUGAUGGUUGAGGUACAAGACUCCAUCCUCAACAGGAACGCCCACAACCUGCACCAGAUCUUCAUCACUAAUAAAGAGAAACUUCUUAUUUAUGGAAAGUACUGCAGCCAAGUGGAAACAGCCAUAGCGGGUUUGGAUGAAAUCUGUAAAGAGAAGGAGGACGUGCGAUUGAAGCUGGAGGAAUGUUCAAAGAGAGCAAACAAUGGAAAGUUUACAUUAAGAGAUCUUCUGGUUGUACCAAUGCAGAGAGUAUUGAAGUACCAUCUACUCCUUCAGGAAUUAGUCAAACACACUCACGAUGCAACUGACAAGAGCAAUUUGCGAACGGCGCUCGACGCUAUGAAGGACCUGGCUCAGUAUGUCAAUGAAGUGAAGAGGGACAACGAGACCCUGCGUGAGAUUGAACAGUACCAGAAAUCCAUCGAAAACCUGAAUCAGCGGCUCCGUAACUACGGGAGACCGAAGGGUGAUGGCGAGGUUCGAGUUGCUUCAGUGGAUAAACGAGCAAAACAGGACAGGCAUAUCUUCCUGUUUGACGUGGCCGUGAUCGUCUGCAAGAGGCGCGGGGACAACUACGAGAUGAAGGAAGUUAUCGACCUCCACAACUUCAAAAUCACAAACAACCCGACGACAGAUAAAGAGAAUAGAAAGUGGUCCUAUGGGUUCUACCUCACCCACAUCCAGGGGCAGAACGGCUUCGAGUUCUUCUUCAAAACCAAAGAGCUGAAGAAGAAGUGGCUAGAGCAGUUCGGCAUGGCGAUAUCCAACAUCAAGCCCGAGAACGCCUGCAGCAACUUCCACGAGUUUAAGAUGCACACGUUCGACCGCAUCACAUCCUGCCGGGUCUGCGAUAUGCUGCUGAGGGGGAUCUUCAAUCAGGGCUACCUGUGCUCCAAGUGCGGUGCGGGAGCACAUAAGGAGUGUCUGGGGAGACUGGGGAGCUGUGGGAAAACUAGCCCGGAUUCUGGCACUCUGAAACCACAGAAAAGAGCGGAUCACGGAAGACGACAUGACCCAGGUUUGCCUAAGAUGCUGGCAAUUCGUAACUAUUAUGGCAUCCCCAGCCCAGUGUGUGGACCUCCACUGAACAUUCAGGCUGGCAACAUCAUCGAGCUGAUCUGCGCAGAUCCACAUAGUUCCUGGUGGCAGGGAAGAAUACUGACAACCAGAGAAGUUGGCUUCUUUCCAAGUGACGCUGUGAAGCCAUGCCAUGUUCCCAAACCAGUGGAUUACUCAGCACAGCCUUGGUUUGCUGGGCCAAUGGAGAGGCUCCAGGCAGAAGCAGAGCUCAUCAACCGCGGGAACAGCACCUACCUGGUGAGACACCGGAGCAAGGAAUGUACAGAGUACGCCAUCAGUAUAAAGUAUAACAACGAUGUGAAGCACAUCAAGAUCUUAACCAAGGAGGGCUGCUUCUACAUUGCGGAGAAUAAGAAGUUCAGGAGUAUUUUAGAGCUAAUAGAGUACUACAAGCAUCACUCUCUGAAAGAGGGCUUCAGAAGUCUGGACACCACACUGCAGUUCCCCUACAAGGAACCAGAGAAUGCAGCCAUGCACCGAACCAACAGGCUCGGGGGAAACAUGCUCACUCCGAAAGUCAUCGGUAUCGCCAUCGCCCGUUACGACUUCUGUCCUCGAGACACACGGGAGCUGUCCCUGCAGGAAGGGGACGUGGUGAAGAUCUACACCAAGUCCGGCGCCAACGGGUGGUGGAGGGGGGAGGUGAACGGCAGGGUGGGCUGGUUCCCUUCCACCUACGUCGAAGAAGGAGAAGAGUGACGUCCCGGAACUCCGCCCCUCCCCCCCCCGCUGCUCUGAGAGAACUUCAGGGGGAAAACGGGACAGAUGUGAGACAAUGCGGAAAAAGAAAGGCGAGCGGAAAAAAAAACCCACGAAGCACCCGGGCCCUGGCCGCCUGCUUUCGCAAGCCGUCUCGCCUCAGCCGGGAAGCGCGGGGACUAGCGCGCUAGCGCACGCUGACAGAUUAAUGGCUAGCCCGCAGCUUUAGCGGUGAGAGGCUGCCAGUCGGCCUGUCAGCGGGGACUCGCUCGGAGCCAGAACCUCUGCCUCCCGGAAGAAGCUCACGCAUCCAGACAGCUUUAUUCCCCCUGUCACUCUCGCCGGGCCCGCUCAGCGCGGCAGCCCUGUCGCUGGUAAAUAUUUAAAUACAUGUCCAUCCCCGGCUAAGAGUCUCCUUGAUGAGUCGGAAUGCGAAAAGAAAAAAAAGAAAGAAAAAAAAAGCCCUGAGCUGUUUCAUUUCUGCCCACCAGAUAGUUCCUCAGCGCUGACCUUGCCGGCGUCCUACUUACCUGUGUUAUUAUUGAUGACUUCAUCCUCCUUCGCUCGCUCUCGGAGCGAAAGGCUGCGCUGCCCGCACGCUUUUCCGCCACCUAAGCCUCUUUUUUUGGCACGCAUCGCGGCCACCGUCCGUGAGAAGUGCCGUGCCGGCCAGCGGAAAGAACGAGGGGGAAGCCGCGCGUCACCUGAGCAGGCUGUCGUGCGUCCCCCCCGUUCGUUCGAAAUAAAGACGUUUUCUUCUUUUUCCUUUUUUCCGCCGCGCUUAUCUCAAAAGGCGCAUUGUUCGCUGUCACACUGCGUUUAUCCGAUUUUCAGAUAACCGCAGUAUCAGCGAACACGCAGUACGGCUGCGGCGCCUGCCAGCUUGUUGACAGAAAACAAAAGCUUGCGCUCCGACGUACUUGUAAACAAUUUGGGCCGGCGACUAUAUUAUGGCUUCCCACUCCAAAGGGAGCUCAUUAGAUAUUACAGCCAGCACCUUCCUAAUCCAGUAAUGAGUAGGAUUUGUGCACAUUUGACAGAAUAAUUGCCUUAAACUGAGCGGUUACAAAACACUGUCAUCAGUGAUAAAAAAUAAUAAUUACAGAGCAGGUUUAAAAACCAGCUCAAACCGGUAAUUUACUGGAGUUAAAUUUAGCGUUCAGGUGCAUACUUAGGCUGGUCGAAGAGCAUCUGUCUGUUCUGCUUGCCUGUGUGAGUGACAGAUUUUGAAAUGGGGUAAAACAGAAUUUGACAUGUUAACGGCCAUUAAAUGUGAUGGGUAGGCAGGCAGAGAGGGGCAGUUUUACAUUAGCCCUUUCUGUACUCACUGCAGCCAUUUUAGAGGAAGGAAAACCUGAAACCACGGACAAAAUUUGAACAAAUGCACACAAGUAUACCACUGAAUACAAAACGAUGUUAUACUUAUACCUGUGUCUUAAAAUAGAUUCUCCAAGAACGAUUUUCAAAAAUGAAAUAAGGGGAAGUAAGGGGAAGUAAAUACUGAAAUAAGGGGAAGAUUUACUAUUCCAUUAGCAGUUGCCCCAGGCCGUGUGCAUUCCUGUUGUGACCGCGGCUAAAUAUGCCAAAUUCAGAAACGGAUUCCCGCUCACAUGUCACCUGUGGAAAUGCUGCCAACAGGAACUAGCGUGAACCAUUUCCGUUUUGAGUUACAGUAUGUGACGGGCACACAUUGUUUUCUAUCGCUGGAAAAACAGUUCGGCGAAGCAGGGGCGAUGCAGCGCACGAAGGCCGGUAACCCUCUGUGCCUUUGUGGAAACUUUUGAUAUAAUCACAGCGCUUUGCUUCGGGCCUCUGGGAAGCGGACGCGGCUCGCCCUGGUUUCCGCCCAGGUUUUCAGCCGUCCCUCGGUUCCUCCGAAGACCGCGUUUACCGGCGAGCGCGGAUUAAUAACUCCUGAGACAAAGAGUGGCGCGGGCCUUCGUCUGACGCCCAACCCUGCUCCGGCGGAUUAAGCGUCGUUUGGAAAACCGCCGCUGCCACUAGCUCGUGCGUAAGCGCCGCUGAGCUGUCGAGGUUUAAUAAAGCCGUGCACUUCGGUUCGCACGGACGCUAGGAUGUUCUCCGCUUCGACGUUGCCUUAAAGUCGUAGUAAUCUGCAGGCCGCAACGGUUUAUGCUAACGCCGAAAACCCCAUGCAGGCUAGAGUAAUGCGCAUGUGCAGCAUCGGGCGUGCUGUUGCAUCAGGAACUGCAAGCUGCUGGCUUAACCUCAGCUUUUUGCCAAGGGCCGGGGCUGCAUUGAUUGACACUAGAGAGAGCUGUUGGAAUGCUGUGAAAUCGUAGCUCCUUUCCUGCCUACAGUAUAAUGGAGGGGCACUCCUAACGAUGGCUGAAUCUGGCAAUAGGUUGUUAGACAGUACUGCUCAGUGAUAUCUUAUAUCUGUGUUAUAUCUGCAUCGGUCAAUUCUUCUGGCUGAAGAGUUGUUGUUGAGAACGAGCAUGUUUCCUGUCUGGUGCAUCAUUUUCAAAGCCUCAUCAGUUACAUUUCUACUUCCUGAAAGGAGUAUUUGUUAAGAACUUGAAGGGACUGGUCAGGUUGUUUUCGUAUUUAAUGACAAAUAUUGCUUACAUGCUUCCUAAUGUGUGUUCUGGUGUUGCUCUUAUCUCCCACAACGUGAAUUUCUGUGUCGCUAAAACAAUAUAUAUGCACUUGUGAAAAUGUUCCAAACAUGCUGUGUGAUAGUCAGGUUUGCUACAUGUGUUCAGGGAUACCCAUGUAUUGAAUUGUUUAAAGAAAUGAAUUGAAGGAUUUUUUAUACUGGAUAUAAAAUAUUGUGAACUGUGUUUGGUUUGUAUAUGAUAUUUUUUAUACUUUUUUUUUGCCUGCAGGUGUUUUCCCUCUGGGGAGAAUGAUAUGGACAUAAUCUUUUUUACAUAUGAUUUUACCAUGUUAAUGAAGGAUUACCCAGAUUUCCAUUACCCGCAAUGCUGCUUGUUUGCCACUAGAUGUCAGCAUUGAAAACAAUACAGGUUCCAUACUCAAUGCAAUGAGUCAAUGCCUGAUAUGAAGAAAACAAUUACGCCCAUCCACCUUACACCUUACACAGAAAGGAAUUAUUCCCAUGGUUUUAUCCGAGAAAUAUCUGGGGUUAUUGUUUAACUUCUCAUGAAUUUAUUAUGAUUCGGCUCUAUUAAGUACUAUGUAUUUCCUAUCACACAGUUUGCUCUCUAAAGAGCAUCGAUCCUGGACCACGUAUUGAAAACAAACAGGCACUUCGUUGUUGUCUGCCCUGGCCACCGGACCCCCUUCGCACCCCAGAAGUGAGAAGCAUUUCACGCACACAGCUUCCCAAUAAUUCUCCCAACAAUCGGGCGAUCUAGUUCCUCACAGGUCGGCAAUCAAAAUCCGCCUUGUUUCCGACGGUCGGCUGGCCCCGCGCACAAAGCUUAAGUAGCUUCCCCCGUUCUCUUAAACGCGGGAGGGCGUCCGCGCGGGCCACAGAUUAUCGCUGCCAGUCGAAGCGCUUCUGCUUUCGCUCAGACGAGAGGCACAAGAAUUGGUUUUCUAAGCUUCGCUCCGGUAAUCUGUUCACUCUCCUCUUCCCGGGAGAUGAACUCUGACAACAGGGAUUUGACAGCGUCUAUAUAUAUGAGGAACAUCCUCGGAGCAGACCACCACUGCUCUAAUCAUCCUGUGAUCUCUAACCCCCCCCCCCCCCGCAAACGCCUGUUCUCUCGGCCGCGUCCGCGGCUAGCCGGCGCUCCGAGGUUAUCUCGCGCCGACUUUGUAGACGGGCAAAAUCCGCUUUUGGGGUGAGGGGGGUAGAGCGUGCAGCAUCUAGCACACCAGUACUGAGGCGGUGGGUGGGUGGGUGGGGGGGAGAAGGAUCCAUUUUAGGUUGUGAUAGGAUUAAUUUGUCAGUGUUAACCAGCAAUUGAAGCCUUUCCCUAUUUAACUGAAGCCAUGUUUAGUGUGUAAGUCUGCAUUGUUCCUGUAUAAAAAGACUGUCCCUCUCGCAAUAGUUUGUAUGAUAUAUUGAACUGGGUAUCGAUAAUAUGCUCUCCUCUGAAGCCAAAGAUGUGUCUCUACUUGACAUGGAGUUCAAAUGCCAUGGAAACCUGCCAUUGCGACCUUGUGUGUUGCUGUGCAGUCAGAGCUUAUCACCUAUUGCUGUAUCAUAAUGAACUGUAAAUAUGUAUAAAUCACACAAUAAAAUGUAUAUUGCUUUUUUUGUAAA